AUGACAGUCGAUUCCCUAAUGGAAUUUACAAACAUACAGUGCGAAACUCUGAAUAAGGACUUCGCCUUUUUUGAAUAUUGUUUGCUGAAAUCUGUAAACCGAACAUACAAAUAUGUAUCCGUUAAAGUUAAACUCCUAAAAACGCCCAUAACCAGAAUUAAGAUACGUUUUGGUCUCUAUAAACGUUUGAAUGGCUAUAAACCUUUUCUCAACAAUAUGACAUUUGACGCAUGCAGAUUCCUAAUUUCGCCUAAUCCCAAUCCGGUUACCCUUUACUUUUACAAUUUUUUCAAUGAGUAUUCCAAUAUAAACCACCCUUGUCCCUAUGACCAUGAUAUUGUGUGGGAUAAGAUGCCAUAUCAUAGUGUAAAUAAUACGCUCACUAAAAUACUUCCCUUUCCGGAGGGAAAGUAUAUGCUUGAAGGUCACUGGAUAGCCUACGACAUUUAUCGAGCUAUAACUAAGCACGAACUGCUGGCCAGGCCAAGUCAGUUGGAGAGCCAGACGGAGAUCAAUCUGAUGGCCAGUCUUCGGAUUCUUCUGUCAUUUGGCGUUUGGCGUCGCGCAGAAGAAUCGUGCGGCACGGAUGAUCAGUCGUCGGUACUGCCAAUUUGGGCCAGUCGCGAUAUAUCUUCAUGA